UUGACAUGGGUGUGCUUUGCUUUCGUGCUAAUCUUCCUGAUGGGUAUGAUGCUUAUAUUGAUGGUUUACGGCAUUUCAGUCGGCUAUCACUACGCACAGAAAGAACUUGCAGCAUUUGCUAUGACAUCGAGAACGACAACACCUGAGCCUAUGAGAAUGGGACGGUCAGGCGACGAGUCCAGGCCAGUUGUCCGUCUAGUCGCUGUGAACAGAUCCUCGAUUGACAACGCACCGCGGCCGAUGCUCGAGGUAUAUCAGAACAGACCACCUCCUGAAAAACUUGUGAUGGAUAAACCAGCAACACCUAUUGUCCUAUUGGAAACUGAAAGUCCGCCACCGGAGCCAGAAUUGCUGCCACACGAGAGAGACAUAGCUAGGAGACUCAUCGGCCGCUUCAGACGGUCGAAGAACAAUUCAAUGACUACUACGGAUAUUCCAUUUUUAAGACCAUUUAAAGCAACCACCCAUUCAGAUGAGUCUAUCAAAAUGGAUGACGCUGCCACCGAUCAGAGGAACGUUAGCCCCUCAUCAUACUUAGCUAAAACUAUCGCUGCAUUGCAAUGAGCCCUGAAACAACCUUUACUCGUUAGCUAAGUAAAGCCGAAAAUUGGAGUUUUCCUAGGAUCUGAGAUUUCCUUUAUUCUGGGAUCUAGAUCGUCAAGAUCACCUAGAUAUUCUCUCCUAUCCCACCUCGGGGAUCACCAGAUCAACAGAGCUUUUUCUAAGGAUAUAUCCAAUUAUCCAUCACUUGUCCUUGUCAUUUUAAUACAAUUCCAUCCUGUCGCAGAACGUCCGUCGUGUUAAACAUUUGGUUGGUUCCAAAUGAAUACCGGACGUCACGGCCCGGCGCCAAAAUAGCGCUCCUACUUAAAAAUUUGAAAUUGUGACAUUUCAACGGCAUUGAUACACGAUCGGAUGGUACUGCACUAAAUAUUUAUGUCUGGUGCCCUUAACUACUUUGUGUUGAAUUUGAUACCUUUGAAUAUUUUGUUAAAAAUAAAACAUUUUUUAUGGUUGAA